AUGGAGAACAACCCCCAACUACCACCACCACAAUCCGCCACAUAUCCACCGCAACCACCACCGCCACAGUCCACCACAUAUCCACCGCAAGCACCACCGCCUCAGUCCGCCACAUAUCCACCGCAACCACCGUACCACCACCUCCAACAACAACAGCAACUCCAACAGUUUUGGACCUACCAACGCCAAGAGAUCGAACAAGCCAACGACUUCAAGAACCACCACCUCCCCUUAGCCCGCAUCAAGAAGAUCAUGAAAGCCGACGAAGACGUCCGUAUGAUCUCCGCCGAGGCACCCAUCGUAUUCGCCAAAGCCUGCGAGCUCUUCAUCCUCGAACUCACAAUCCGUUCAUGGCUUCAUGCCGAGGAGAACAAGCGACGAACGCUUCAGAAGAACGAUAUCGCCGCCGCGAUUACGAGGACCGAUAUAUUUGAUUUUCUGGUGGACAUUGUGCCGAGGGAUGAGAUCAGGGAUGAGGCGGGGCUUGGAGGGUUGGUGGGUCCCACUGCCAGUGGGGUUCCUUUCUAUUAUCCUCCGGCGAGUGUUAUGAUGGGAAGGCCGGCGGUGGCCGGUGUCGAUCCGGGGGUUUACAUGCAGCCGCCGCCGUCGCAGGCGUGGCAGUCAGUGUGGCAGACGGCUGAGGAUGGGUCGUACGGCAAUGGAGGCGGCAGUGGGCAGGAUAACCUCGAUGGACAAGGUUGAACAAUUCAUUUGCAGAUUGAAGCUGAGUAGCACAAUAGAACCUACUGAGCUUGCUGUUGCUGCAAGGAAUUUUGCUUACUUUUAAAUGUCAAUUGCGCCCAACGGCUAUUACCUGUGGACUGGCGUUUACUGUAAUAACUUUUUGCUGUUAGAAACCUAUAUGAAAACUGUGCAGUUAUAAAGUGCUUCUAAGAUAUGUCUAAUUAAUGCAGUUCCAAAAUAGUCCCAUAUGUUGCUGAGCGGAAGGAUUCUCAUAGAAAUUGUUAAUGGUAUUGUUCAUUUAAUUGUUGAUCAUCUUGGGGUUUAUGAAUAUCUGCUUUCAAAGAACUUUUCUGGAGACUGCAAUUGAUAUGCCUGAUGAAAGCACUUAAUCCAGCAGCCUCUAUAGCCUAGAGCAUCAAAACUUCGUAUCGUGAAAUCUAUGUAUAUGUAAACCAAUUGCAGACGAACAUGCACACAUGCUGUAGCAGGUGACGAUGGUGCAAGGGGAGUUUAAAUUUUGAAGAAGAUAUCUAUGGGGGGACUUAGAGUAUGUUUAAGAUCACCAGGUUUGUGUUCUUUUAAGGAACUUAUUUGAUGUAUUCUAUUAUCCAGAUGACUUUUGUAGAGUG